GCGCACUCAUUUUACCGUCUUCAAUCAGAAAACACAACCAACUUCGUUCUGCUGUAUUGCAAACAUUUUUUUAUUUGGAAAAGUCGAGAACAAAUCGUGAUAUAUUCACAGAUAUUUUAAAUUGGUGAGAAGUUCCCCGUCAAAUUGGAGCAGCGUUUAGGCCACGCGUUAGAAAAGAGUCCAGGAGGAAGUAGUUAAUAAUAUUAAUAUCCUUUUUUAAGCAAAACUUCAAAGAAAACCACACAACCAUGACUCGAGGAAAUCAACGUGAACUUGCUCGUGCUAAAAACCAAAAGAAACAACAAGAAAUCAACAAAGGCAAACGUACUGACAAUUUAACCGUCGAACAACGCAAACAAAGAGAUGCCGAGUUGAUGCGAGAGAAACAGCGUAAAAAGGAAGAAGCGGCUAGAGCAGCAUCAGGCCAACAAAUAGCGGCUAAAUAAAAACAUCGACACUGCAGCAGCAAUAGUUCAUCAACAUUAAAAUGGGGCCCAUGGUCGUCAUCAUCAUCAACAACAACAGUCAAUCAAUCUAUAAAUACAAGAAGCAAAAGGAAAAUUACAUUCAAAGUAAAAUAAUGGCAUCAUAGCGGUUUCGUCUGAGCUGCUCUGACGGCCUACAAAAGAACUUAACUGAAUUAUAGACAAACAAACAAACAAACAUUCUUUCCUAUGUGUUCGCCAAGAACUUGGAGUUUUUUUCUAUCUCUUAUCAACAACAAUGCCGAUUAGCUCAAUGCGACGUAGCAAAAGAAAAUCUUCACAAAAAUCAUGUCGAAAUAGUCACAUUUCAUAUUGUUUUAGAUGCUGCAAUAGACGAUAAGACAGUUCUAGAAACACAAUCAAGUAUGGCUUUAUGCCGGCAAACAUAGUUAUUUUUAAUUCUUUCUUUUUUUUAAUUUCCACACAGAAAACAAAAACAAAUUCCUAUUUUAUAACCUAGAUGAAGAAACAUCCAUAAAUUAUUGUCUCUGACCUCAGCCGCCAUUCUUUUGUAUUUUGAUGAAUAAUUUUGGCAAACCCAUUCUUUUGUAUUUAAAUUCUUCUCAUACAUAUUCAUAUUUGCAAAAUAUUAAGAAGAAAUAUUUAUGUGAAAUCUCCUGUAAAGAAUUCCAAAUGCAAUAAUCAUAAAUAGGUUCUUUUUUUUUGAUAACGCCUCAACUUCACAUAGAAACUAACAGAAACUGAAAUAAGUCUAGACAAAUAUGAAUAGACAGCAGAAACAGAAGAAGAAUAUUUAGUAAUUAUUUUUUCUUUCCUUUUUAAUUUUAUGAUUUUUUUAUAGUUUACUAGACUUGUAAGAAUGAUAUUAAAUUUAAAGAAGAAAACAAAUUUAAAGAAAAAAAAACAAAAAAAAAACUGAAAAACAAUUUCUUAAAAUUUAAGAGAGUAUAUAAAUUAUAAAUUGCAAAUUUUGUGAAAAAAAGAAACUACAAAAAACAAUAAAACUUAAAUAUACAAUGAAA